AUGGAUCUUAGAUCAUGUCUCAUAAGACUUUGUCUCACCAGUAUUGGCUCUAAUUGUUCUCCGAGAAAAUCUAAAUUAGAGAGUCAUAACAUUGUUGUUUAUGUAAACAGUACUCCUUACUGUUCAACUAUAGAGCUGGAACAUCACAGGGGUCCUUGCAGAUGUGAUUGUGAUGAGACCCUGAAAUCUUGCUCAGCAUUUAGCGAACGCCAUGUAUAUAGUGAAGACUCAUGCAGCUGUCUAUGCAGUCCAAUCUUACUUAAAGAAAAGGUAUUGUGCGAAAAUCAAACCGAAAGAUCCUGGAGUUCUGAAUCUUGCUCUUGUUCCUGUUCCAAUCCAAGAUCUUGUUCCAAAGGAACAGAGUGGAGUGAGGAUACAUGCUCCUGUUCUAGACAUGAACGGGAUUGUUUGUUGAAUCAAGCUAAUCUCAGCUCAGAAGGGAGGUUUAACCUGUAUCCAGUCUACUUAACAAGUAUUAUUAUUGUUCUCAUUAUUCUGAUCAUCACUAGUCUAUGCUUUGCAUUCUCUAACAGGUGGAGGACGCCUAGAUAUUCUCAACAUGUACUCUCAGAUCCCAGAGGUGUUCCACCCACAGCAUACACAAUAACGCUUUGCUCUUCCCAGAAUUUGGACAAAGCUAUGUAAACAAAUCAGUUCUGUGAGAAGAGUGAGAAUGAGAGGGGAAAGUGAAGACUUUGGAAAAACUUUAAACUUUUCAGCUAAUGAAAAUGUCGGCUGAAAUAUAAGCUUUACUCAUGUUAUAAGCUUAAAUCUGCAAAGUACUUCAUGAAGAUUGCUAAAUCAUUCAUCUUUAACAUUUGAGGCUUGAUCGCAAAUUAUUCUAAAUAUUGAGAUAAAUAAUUAAAAGUAAAUGGUUCUUAAAAUAGUAAUAUUUAAGUUGUAUUUAAAGUUAAAAUAAAUUUUACGGUUUUACUAGAAAGUAAAGUUAAAGAUAAUAAAGACAUAAACAUUUUUUAG